UAAUUUAAUUUGUCCGGUGACCCAAAAAUGUGGCCAAUGUUGCUUGACCUUUCUCGGGAUGAGUCAAAGCGGGUGUUGCGUCGCAUAGAACUGGAGGCAUAUUCGUCGAUCAUCACUGCGUUCCGAGCGCAGGGAGAUCUGACCAAGGAAAAGAAGUCCAUGCUUCAGGACUUGCAGACUGUGCUCAGUAUUUCAACUGAGCGACACCGGGCUGAAGUUCGAAGGGCUGUAAAUGAUGAAAAACUGGCAACUGUGGCUGACAAUAUUGCUGGUUCCAACACAACAUCAGAAUGGAUGAUAGAAGGUCGUCGAUUGGUUCCCUUGAUGCCUAGACUGGUUCCCCAAACAGCAUUCACUGCCACAGCCAACCAGGCAGCCCACUUGCAGGCUGAGAAAAAUCUGACACUUCCGAUGCCAAUUUUCACUGGCAAUAAAGAUGUGAACAAUGUGAUGUCUAUGAGCACAUCCACCUCAACCCCUGCAGUGUCAAGACCUUCCUGCCCCACCAGCCCCACCUCCAACGUGGUUGUACUACCCAGCGGAGCUUCCAUUCACAUUAAAGGAUGCUUAAACACUGAGUACGAGGAGGAGCUGCACACUCGUAAACGUCGCCGCAGUCUGUCGUCCGACAGUUUGAGCUCGUCGAUUGGCACACAAACGCCGCGACUGACCUACCCUACAACUACAUCAUCAUCGGCGGUGCCCAACAUUUCCCCGGUGAAAAUCACAAUCAGCAAGAGUCCACAGGGUCGAACAAUCGUCUCAACACCGGGCGUACAGCCACCAAAGGUUAUACUGGUGACAACCUCUGGACAAACACCGAGUCACAAUGUGUUUCAGAAAUCAAUGUCGGUCCCAGUAGUGCGAGCAUCAGCGUCAAUGUCACAGGGGACGGGGACCGCUCGAGCUCCCAUCAUGGUGCCCAGCAGUUCACCUGUGUCAUCAGGAGCAAGUCUUAGUAACAUCUACACUGUGACAACGACAUCACUGACGUCAUCCAUAACAUCACCAGUAACAACGUCUGUUCUGGGGUCACCUCCUGCUAUGGUGAUCAAUUCUGGACUGCCAAAGCCAAGACCGAAAAUUAUUCCACGGCAACGAUUGCCACAGCCCAUACCUAGUCAGAAGCCUGGAGUUGUGAUCCCAAUGACCCCUCAGCCAGUGCAGCCCUCACCACAGAGUUACCAGAUCAAAACCAUCAACAAGCCCACCAUACAGAUCAAACAGGAAGGAGGAAUGAAGAUCAUCACCCAGAGUUUGCCUGCAGGAACCAGUAAAAUUUUACCAAAACCAGCUCACCUGUCCGGUACCUCUGGCACGCCGGUUGUCGUGGUUAACGCUGGCCCAUCUGGUACCGCGACGACCUCAGUCAGCAUGGUGACGAAACCCGUGACAACACUAUCAGCUAACCACCCAGGUGGAAAGGUUCUAAAUAUAUCAACUGGAGGGCGUGUCAUCGCCACGACGACCAAGGCUUCCAACGUUGUGACUGUGAACCCUAAAACCCUUCAUCUGACAGCUGUUAAAACAGGUGCGGGUACCACAGUUUCCAAGCCGAACGUGAUUGUUGUACAGAAGACUCAAACGAGGAGAUCGUCGACUCCCACACACGUCGGGUCAGGCAGCACGCAGGCCACAGUGAUCACCCACCCAUCACUCUUCGAGAAGGAGUUGGCCAAUUUUAUCCAGAAGCAGGAGCUUGGUAAAAACGUGUCCGUCACUGUAGCAUCCAGCUCUUCUCUCGGAUCAACCUUGAGCAAGAUCGGCGACCGGAAAGUCAUCAUCACCACGCAGACGGUGGGAGGAGAGGCAGCAAAACAAAUAAGUACUCCACUGCUGCAAAGAUCCAGAUCGGAGCAAGAGGGGAAAACCUCGUCUCUCCUGGCUGAGUUGAUACAGGCUGCUGGCAUUGUGCCAGAGCCAGCGGCAGAAACUGAUGUACCCGGUACCGGCAGUGGCAAUGAGUGGUUUGAGUAUGACGUCGCUGACGACCAGGGCCAGGCGGUGAUCUCGAAGACGGAGGACUCCACGGCCAUCGAUGCCCUGUUACAGAUGCAGGCCGUUGAUGCUGCUGGGAAAGUCAAAGAGUCAAGUUUAGCAAGUGCUCAACUUGAACGACUCCAAGGCCAACAGUCAGAGACACAGUACUACACCAUAGAUCAAGCCAUGUCUCUGCUAAACCAGACAGAGAAGGAAACCGUCCCCACCAACUCGGAGCCAGCGAGUGAUGUCAUAGUGAAACCCGUAUCGGAACAACCACAGAUUCACAUCAUCAAAACCUCAGUCCCAGGCAGCAAGCUAUCCUCGGAGCACAUCCAGCACAUCCGAGUACCCCUGCCGUCGUCACGGCAACUGGGCCUGGCGACCAGGACGCUAGAGGUCACGCGAGGUCAGAGUGUCACCGGCCGAGAACUCGACCCCCAGACCGGACUCUUCUCGUCAGGUGGCGUCCGAAAACCGAGAAAAAACACCAUAAUCGUUGGGUUGCCCCCGAAAGUCGUUCAAGCGGCACCCGUGCAGAGUCCGAAACCGGUUGCCACGACAGCGGCGCCAAACUUUGACCUGUUGAGCAGCUCGCUGGCUCAGGCUCAGAUUGAGCUGGAUCCAUUUGAUUUCUCACAGGAUGGUGCUACUCAAUCUACAGAAAGUGUUACUCAAUCUACAGAAAGUGUUACUGAAUCUACAGAAAGUAUUACUCAAUCUACAGACAUAGUUCAGCAAUCUCUAGAAGGUGCUACUCAACCUACAGGAGAUUCUGGUAAAUCUGCAGAAGGUGCUACUCAGUCUAUAGAAGGUGGUGCUCAAUCUACAGACAGGACAGCUCAGCCUACAGAUGGUGCAGCUGUCACUGAGACUGUAAAAUCUGCUGUUGUUGCCGAGUCUAUAGAAAGUAAUACAGUUUCUCAGUCUAUAGAAUGUACUACUGUAGCUGAGACUACAAAAGACACUUCUGUUGUUCCAGAAACUGCUACUGUCCCCCAGUCAGACUCUCAGGCUGGUGAGGUACCCAAGGAAGAUAACUCUGAGUCAAAAGAAAGCGGGGAGUUAUCUCUCAGUACUGAAGAAGACGUCAUCAUGCCACCAGAUGUCUCUGAAGAUGCGCACACUAAGUCGUCAUCGGCCACUACAACACCACCGGCCCCUGCUCGUCAAGGCUCCUCGUUCAUCCCUCUGUCUGACAUCAGCAGUUCCACGCACAAAUCUGCCAUCAAUGUCAUCACUCAUCCACAGUCUUCAAUGCCAGCUGACAUCAUGGAAACAUCGAAAGAAAGUGAUAGUAGCUUGAGUAGCGAAAAUGUUGUUGUCACCAUGGAACCAACCGUUGAUUUGAUCACCCUGCGAUCGGAGGAAUUUACCACACAGCAGAUUGAGGAGAAAGACACGACACUCUCCAGCCAUUUGUCGGAAGAGAAGCUGUUCUAUGACAAGACGGAUGUUGCUGUUAAGGAGGUUCCGUCAGUGCAUAGUCCUCCUACUGGUAGCAGUUCUGACAGUCAAGGGGAGAGCACUCUAACGGAUUCUGGUCGGGACACAAAUAGCUUGUUGCGACUGAGUUCGCGGAAACGAAAGCAAGCCAUGGUAGAUGAACCACAACACAUCAGCACUGUAGGAGGGUGGGUGAAGGCAGCCCUUGGUCUGAUUCAGAAGAUGACAAAGUUCCGAGGUGUGAAUCGAGACAAAGGUGACUUAAAUGCUGCAGCAUGGUUCAUUAAACCAGUUGAUCCAGUUGAUGCUCCAAAUUACUACUCAGUUGUGAAAAAUCCAAUGGAUUUUGGGACCAUCAAGAAAAAACUAGAGGCAGGAGAUUACAAGUCGUUUGACGACUUCCAUUUCGACAUGUUGCUAGUUCAGAAGAACUGCUAUCUGUAUAAUCACCCACAGAGCAAAGUGAAACAGGACUGCGAAGAAGUGUUCUCGUUCUACGAACAAGAAAGAACGAAAGUGAUCGACAAGUUACAAAAGGGUUUGACGUCUUCCCCAAUAACAAAGAAAUUUCGAAUUGAUAAAAGUCCAGCAAAAUCCUAGCAGUGAAGGAAUGUUUACAUAACAUGUGUUGUUUUAUUAAGUCCUGAUGUUAUAUAUCACACAUUACAGUUGUUUUUGUUACAGAAUAUCAAUUCAAAUUGUUACGGAAUCCAAAGACAAAAGUACUGAUUGUUUUAACUUAAGGAAAGUCUUCAAAAACACUUGUAUCUGCAAUUUUGACUUCAUCUACUUUUUAAUUCAUACAGAAACAUUCAUUCAUGCAUGCAUUCAUUCAUAAAUGUACUCAUUCAUUCAUUCAUCCAUUUAUCCAUCCAUCCAUCCAUCCAUGCAUGCUUGCAUCCAUCCUUUCAUUCAUUCAUUCAUUCAUUUGCUCACUCACUCAUCUGUUUACUUCUUCAUUUGUUCAUUCUUUCAUUUAUUCCCACACAUUAAGUCAUAUCUGGAAUGGAUCUUCAAUUUUGCUGCAUUUUCAUUUAACAUCAGGGGCCGCCUGUUCAAUUGUUAGUUAGCAUAACCAGUUGAUAACAGAAAUUUUCAAAACCAAGGACUGAAUCAAUACAAAUAACAAUUGAAAAGAAUACUUUUGAAACUUGAUUUAGAACAACCAAAGGUAUCCAUACAUAAUCAAAUCAAAAGUUUACUUUGUAUUUAGGGUCUCCACGAGUACUCGAGUACUCGGGCAUGAGCCGAAUCUAACAAGACUCGAGUCCGUUCACAGGACUCUUAGUACCCGUGCAAGGAAGAGCACUCUCAUUUAAUUCUAUUUUGUACGUAAUUUUGCCAUAUUAUGCUCGCCGCCGAUUACAUUAUAGAACUAUGAGAUAUGGAGGGAAAAGAAAAGCCGAAUGUCACAGUGUGGAAUGCAAUAUAAUGGACCAGUGUAUCAAUGGCGUGAUUUGGCAUCCACGUUGAGCAUUGGAAUUAAGAUCCAUAAUGCUAUUUUACUUUAUUCCUUAAUCUCAUUAUUAUCUAGUGUCGGGUACUCGGGUCCGGGUCGAGUUUGACCCUCGGGUACUCGAGUCCAAUAUUUUGGACUCGUGGAGACCCUAUUUGCAUUUGUGCAAAAGUAGUUAAAAGGAAAAAUAUUAGACUAACCCAGGGUUAAGUUAACUAUGCUUUGAACAAGUGGGCCCAGAUAAUUUCAAAACCCCAAAGCUGUAUUCAAAUUAUAUGCAUUGUCAGUCAUAAAGAGAAAAUGAGUUUGUUAUAUAUAGAUCUCAUACCUUAAGAAUUACUUGACCGGCCUCGGUGGCGUCGUGGUUAGGCCAUCGGUCAACAGGCUGGUAGGUACUGGGUUCGGAUCCCAGUCGAGGCAUGGGAUUUUUAAUCCAAAUACCGACUCCAAACCCUGAGUGAGUG